AAAGUCUCGCUCAUCCUACUGAUGCGAUGGUGCGGCUGAGGUGGGAGCUAAAUGAGGAAGGAGUGCCGGUGUGGCCUCCCACCAUUGCAGAAGAAGGGGAGGAUACAAAGGGCUUAUCGAGCUUCGAUGCUUGGGUGACAGAGCCACUCGAGGAGGAGGCUGAAUCAUCAAGUACUCCACCAACUUCUCAACCCGCCAUUAUGCCAACUCCUCUUUCUCUAGCUCGUCCUACUCCAAUUCAGCCAUCUCUAUUUCAAACUCCUGCUGCGCCUGUUGACACGUCCAUCCUUGUCGAUUUGACGGAUGAUUAGUUUUAGGUUUAUUUCUUUCUUUUGUAUUUUUUGUAUUGGUCACUUAACCCUUCUGAACACUCAUAUCAUUAUCUUCUGUACUACAACGUGUAAAUUUUGAACAAAAAUACAAAUUUGGAGAUUUU